AUGUCCGGGAGUGAUAUUUUUGGAAAUUUGGAUAAUUUUCUUGAAAACUACGACGAUGAUUUCGCAUCUACAAGCGCGUUAUCCGAAGUAGAAAACGGCAUUUCUAGUGAACCAAACCAAGGAUGCAAUCAGGAGGAAUCAAAACCUUCAUCAACUCCGUCCAUAGACAAUAUUGUUCAAAACAGCAAUGUAGAAGAUGACAUGCAACGAAUAAAUAAUCUAUUUGAUUCAAUUUAUAAAACCAACAACCCAGUGGUAAAUGAAUUUCUCAAGUCCAGUCAUGCAACCAAAAUGAAACGCAGCAUUGCUUUAUUGAAUGAUAAUUACCAGAAAAAACCUUCAAGGAGAGCAAACGAUGGAAAGUUCAAAAAAAAGAUUGAAUCUUUAUUGGUGAAAUUAUCACACCUAAAUGUGCUGGUAUCGAAUGUAUUGUUGCCAGUAGUAGCUCCCAGCAUGCCAGCUACACGACGUCGAUCCCGAAGAAUAAAUGGUGGCAAUGAUGCUGCGCUGGAUGUGAUUGUAUUAGAUCCGGACGAUGAUGUACCUACUACGAGCUCAAGAGCAGCAACAGCAAGUUCGAAUGUCAUAUCCGUAGACUCUGAUGAUGAUGAGGUGAUAUCUCUGCUAGAUGAUUCACUUCCGAAGCUGCACAACGCUGCGGAUGAUUCUUUCGAAACCGAAAACUAUGAAAUGAGAAUCAAAGUUAAGUGGGGCAUGGGUGUUGAUACAUUCAUUCUUCGUAAAUUCCAAAAGUUUGGUGACAUUAUUGCCCGACUAGCCGCAAAGGAGUCUGCAGAUAAGUCGUGCAUUCUGCUGAACUUGGAUGAUAGAAUAGUUUACGCCACCGACACACCGGAUUCUAUCGGUUACAAACCUCACCAAUUUAUCUCCGGUCGAAUUUUGAAGGAUAAAGCGCCUGUUAUGGCUAAAGCCCCAGCGUCAUCGGGCUGCAUAAAUACCAACGCUAUUACGGUCAAAGUGCAAAUGGAAAAACGGAAGGAACCGCUGCGUUUGGAGAUAGGAAAGGAUCAAACCAUGUCCGUUUUGAUAAUCAAGUGCGCCGAAGAGCUAAACUGCCAUCCCAAUAAUAUUAGACUUUACUUCGACGGCGAGCAGGUUGAUAACAAUAGCAAGCCGGACGAUCUAGAGCUUGAGGGUGAUGAGAUGAUGGACAUACGAUUUGUCAAAUAG